GAUCAGCGAAGUAUGCAGAGACCCUCCUCUCGCAACAUUCACUAGCAUUUGGUAGCUUUUGUCCAAUGCAGUGUUCUAUUUUGUUGGUAAUUGUUUGGAAUAACAUUGCAGAAAUACAUCUGAAGUCAAAAUUGGAAGUUGUUGUGGAAAACUCAUUGGAACGCUCACUGUGAGCCUGGCUGAGCAAUGGAUGAAAUUGAGAGUCUGAAAACGGACGAGCAAAGCAGUGGCAAUGGAGAGGCUAAAGGACUCUGCACCCCAGACUCUGGAGAGACUACAAGCAGAGAUGAUGCAAACGGAGACAGCGCCAGUGGAGAACUUAUCAACGCAGAUUCAUCCAAAGGGGACACCGGACACAUAGAGACACCUAGUGGAGAUGAUUCUAAUAAAAGUGAGUCUCCCAAAGGAGAGAGUGUAGACAGCAGGACAGGCGGUGUGGAUGGUGUGGAUGCUGUUAACACUAGUGCUGGAGAUGCAAAUGGAGACUCGGCAACUCCUGAUACGGGGAACUCCAGUAGUGGGGUGAUGAGCUCUGAUACGGGGAACCCCAGUAGUGGAGUGAUGAGCUCUGAUACGGAGGACCCCAGUAGUGGGGUGACGAGCUCUGAUACGGGGAACCCCAGUAGUGAGGUGACGAGCUCUGAUACGGGGAACCCCAGUAGUGGCGUGACUAGCUCUGAUACGGGGAACCCCAGUAGUGGCGUGACGAGCUCUGAUACGGGGAACCCCAGUAGUGGAGUGAUGAGCUCUGAUACGGGGAACCCCAGUAGUGGGGUGACGAGCUCCUCUCAGACUGGAGACAGCACCAUGACAGAGGAGGCAGCCAGCGAGAGCACACCACCAGAGCCUCAAUCUCACCCCCCUCCCACAGAGCUGAAGGCUGUCGCUGGGGCAGAGGAGCACGGGCCAGAGGAGAUGGAGACUGAGGCUAUGGAAGUGGUGGAGGGAAAACAAGAUACUCCGGGGCAGGGUUCAGAAGGAGAUGCUGAGGAAGGACGUAAAGAGGAAACAAAGGCGGUCCUGGAUGAGGAAAGGCCCAAGGGGAUUGUGGAAGUGAGUGGUGAGAGUGGUUCGAGAGGGGCCGCUGAAAGUUUGGACGGGGGUGAUAUGGAGGUGGAUGGGCAGUCGGAGGACAGUGUGUCUGGCGUGCUGGAGGUUCCAGUGAUCAGUGAGAUCAAGGAGGAAAUCAGCAUGGACUCUGAAGGGGACACUGCCGACCUGGACAUGGGAGUGGACAUGGAGAUGACGGAGGGUUUGGACAUGGGUGUGGAGACAAUUGACACCUCACAGUCAGAGGCGUCCUCUGAGAGACCGGUCGGGCACGGCAUCAAACUGACCAGUGUGGCCACGGAAACAGACACAGACGAUCUGGAUAUGGGCGUGGAGACAGUGAUGGAAGACAGCGCUGACUCAUUGUCAGAUGGGAAGGACAAGACCAAAAAGGCAGACUCAGGGCUGAAGCAGGAGCUUGAUAACCCUGAUGCGUCCAGGAACAGCACAGAUAGCCUCGAGACUCCAGCGCUGGCCAAUCGGGAAACCAGUGCUUUAGAUUCAGCAUCUCAGGACUCGUUGCCUGCAGCAGAGCUGAACCUUUGCAUCAAGGACGAGCCCCAGGACGAGGAAUAUGAUCGGGCGCUCGCACCCUUCAACACAGAGGGGAUCAAGGAUGAGCCAGAGGAGUUUGGUCAGCAAAAGUUGUCUGAUGAGUUUAAGAUCAGUGCCGUGUUCUCUGUGGGACAAACGCCUGUUGUUACUGCUGCUAAAGCAGCUGCACCCGUGCCCGUGGCACCUGUGAAGGCCGCAGUGCCUGCCUUGGCCUCUCUAGGGCAGCCGCCUGCAGCGAGCAGCGUGUGUGUGGUGUGCUCGGGCUGCCAGAAGGUCCUGCUGAAGGGCCAAACCGCGUACCAGCGCAAGGGCUCGCCUCAGCUCUACUGCUCCACCAUCUGCCUCACUGGCUCCACAGGCACCUUCAUCAAACCGUCCAAGAGGACCUGCCACUUCUGCAUCAAGACGAUCCCUAAUCCGAAGGAUGUGAUCAUUGCCCCCGUGGACAAAGUCGGCUCAAUGAAGGACUUCUGCAGUCAGAAGUGCCUCUCCACCUUUAAUUUCAAACUGGACAAAGUCCUGGGAACGUUGACCACGUCCAAAUCGGCCUCAUCCGCCCUCACCUUGGCUGCCCAAGUCGUCUCUGCCACCCAAGUCGCCCCAACUUCCACAGUGGAGGGCAAAGCGCGAUGCAGCAGCUGCCAAAAAGUUGUGGUGACUAAGCAUGAGGUGAGCUACAUGGGCGCCGUGCACAAGCUGUGCAGUGACGAGUGCUUUACGCACUUCCGCUCCUCCAAUAAGCUCAACAUGAACUGCUGCGCCCACUGCGGGAGCUACUGCUACCAGACAGGCCAGGGCCACACGCUGCAGAUCGACAACGUCAGCAAAAAGUUCUGCAGCCAGACGUGCAUCACCGCUUAUCGCAAGAAGAGUCUGACGUCGGUGCCAUGUGCCAUGUGCAAGGCAAUGCGGACCUCGUCUGACAUGAUCGAAGGUGUCGACAGCAAAGGCAAAACGGAACUCUUCUGCUCUGCCACUUGUGUGACCGCUCACCGAGUGCACACGGUCAGCUCUGCAGGGACCUCGUUGCCAUGCAACAAGUGCGGCACCACUGCAGUGCCUCAGUACCACCUGGCCAUGUCCGAUGGAUCCAUCCGGAACUUCUGCACUUUCAACUGUGUCGUUAGUUUUCAGGACAACUUCAACAAGACCAAUGCACAAAAGAUGAAUGUAGCGCCGGCUAAAGUGGAUGCGGUACCCAGCACCUCGGCACCCGAGCCCUCAGCCUCUCCUCCCCAGGCUGCUCCCUCCGUUAAGUUGGGGAAGUUGUUCUGCCGACAAUGCAACCGCACCAUCACCACCAAGCCAGAGACCGUGGAGGUCAAGGGGAGGAUGUUUGUGCUGUGUGGGAAGACGUGUGUGGAGGACUUCAGGAGGGCCAGCCAGCUGCCGGGCCGCUGCGACUACUGCAAGGCCGACAAAGGCGUGAAGGACGUGAAGAGGGUCUGCGGCGUGGACCGGUUGUUCUGCAGCGAGGGCUGCACUCUACUCUACAGGCACGACCUGGCCAAGCGCUGGGGCCGCAAGCACUGCCGCAACUGCCGCUACUGCGCAGGCAUCUCCCCGACGGUCAUCACCAGCUCCUUCUCUGGCAAGCCGGAGGAGUUCUGCAGCCAGGAGUGUGUCUCCGCCUACACACUGCUCUUUUGCCAGGUGGCGAAGUGUGCGAGCUGCCAGCGUGCUCGGUCCAUGUCUGACUCCCUGCGCUGGCUAGGCGAGAUCAAACACUUCUGCAAUCUCCAGUGCGUCCUGUACUUCUGCAACCUGAACGGCAGCAGAGAGCCGCUCAGCAAGGUCAUGUCAGCCACGUCGACCCCUCCAGCGCAAAAGCCACCCGUCUCUAAAGAGGCCACACCCAUCAUUGCCAAUGUCAUCUCGCUGUCCAGCACUCCUAAUGGACAGCCCAGUGUCCUGGCCAACCCUACCCUACAAGGUGCAGUACCAAACAUGCCUGUCAAGAGCACUGGAGUUGCAAGCACGCAGACGGAUGUAGUGAAGGCCCCCCCUCCCCCUCCACCCAAGGUGCUGAAGAACAAAUCGCUGCUCUGCAAGCCACUCACACAGACCAAGGGCACACUCUGCAAGCCCACACACGAGACCAUAGAGACGCAAACAGAGCAAAGAUAUCCACAUGUGCUGGUGGUACCCAUCCCUGUGCCCGUGUAUGUGCCAGUGCCCAUGCACCUCUACAGCCAGUACGCCCCUCAGCCUCUGGGUCUGCCACUGCCGGUGCCCGUGCCCAUGUUCCUGCCUACAACUCUGGACAGUGCGGAGCGGAUCGUUGAGACUAUCCAGCAGAUUAAGGAGAAGAUCCCCACAGACCCGCUGGAAGCUGACCUCAUUCUCAUGGCCGAACUCGUCGCUGAGGACGACCAGAAGGACAAGAAUGACACGCCAGUGGCUAGCAUUUCCCCAGACAAUGUUCCAGACAGUUCUCCCCCAGCCAUCCCAGACUUUGAUCUGGACGCUCUGGGCUGGGACGACGACCUGCUCUCUGCUCAGCCGUCUGACUCGCCCACACCCUUUCUGGACCCAACGCCGCCAGAGCCCCCAGAGGAAAACAUCGACCUGGAGGCAGACUUCUCUAUUGAAGCCCUGGAGACGGCCUCAGAGAGAGAGAGCGAGCACCCAGAACCACCUCCCUCAAAAAGACCACGCCGCAGAGUCCGAGACGGAUUUCCUCAGAAAAAACGGCAGUCAUCCCGUAAGCGCCCCACAGUGGAGCCGCCUGCUCUGCCUCUGCCUGCUGGGAAGCUGCAUGCUGUGUACGGGGUGAAGGCCUGGAAGAAGUGGGUGCAGUGGAGGAAGACCCAGCCUGAUGUCCCCAUGCCCCGGUUUGGAUCGCGGCCCAUCGUUCUGAAGGAGGACCUGCUGCAGUGCAGCACUGCUGAGCUGAGCUACGGCUUGUGUAAAUUCAUCAGCGAAGCCCGCAGGCCCGGUGGUGAAGAGUACAGCCCUGACAGCAUCUAUUACCUGUGCCUGGGCAUACAACAGCACCUGUUUGAGAAUGGGCGCAUGGAGAACAUCUUUGCAGACUUGUUCUACAACAAGUUCACACAGGAAAUAACCAAACAACUUAAGGACUGGACACCAGUGGUAACACCAGGCGGUUACAUCCACUCUCGCGUGGAGGAGGAGUACCUGUGGGAGUGCAAGCAGCUGGGCGCCUACUCGCCCAGCGUGCUGCUCUACACGCUCUUCUACUUCUGCACCAAGUUCUUCGGCCUGCGCAGCGUCCAGCAGCACCAGCGGCUCUCCUUCGCCCACGUCAUGCGCUGCACGCGCCCGCACAAGAGCAGCAAGGCCGCCUGCCUCCGCUUCUACCCCCCCAUCAACCGCAAAGAGUCGCCCAAAGGUACAGAUGGUGAGGAGGCAUCAGGGAAGAGGAAGAAGGAGGAUGAAGAAGACGAGCUUGUUCUAGAGAUGCAGGAGAACACGGAGAACCCACUGCGCUGUCCCGUCCGGAUUUAUGAGUUCUACCUCUCCAAGUGCUCGCCGUCAGUAAAGCAGCGCACCAACGCCUUCUACCUGCAACCUGAGCGCUGCUGCGUGCCCAACAGCCCCAUGUGGUUCUCCUCCGCACCACUAGAUGGCGACGGACUGCAGGCCAUGCUGACGCGCAUCCUCACGGUCAGAGAGCUGCACCUGCCACAGGAGCCCAAACCUCAACAGACAGCCUCAUCUGACGAACAGGACUCGGACUGAGCUGAGCUGAGCGCACACACACACGGAUAUCGCACGCAAACAGAGCUCUCCGUUAAACCGCUUCACAUACAUAGACUUGCACACAUACAGUACACAUGAUGGACAGUACAAAACUAAAUGCAAACAGAUGAGAAUGACUUUCAUGGAAUAGUUACCAUAGUCUACCAGGACUCAAGACAAGCAUGUUAUACGAUGUAUGUCCACUUAACGCACAAGUAUGAACAACGGACCUUUUUUGAAGUUCAGUGAGAUGUGGAGACGGAUGGGGAUUUAAUAUCCUAUUCUUGUCUCUGUUCAACUCCCCAGCUGUGUUGUCCAGACUACUGCACAUGAGUUCCAGUUAGAGCAGGAGGAGCAAAACCAGUGAGAGUGACUGUUGCUGCUGCCUCCUGCUAAAGCCAUGAAGAGCUGCAACGAUGGCUUAGACACCAAGAUUCCAACAUUACACACACACACACACACACACUGUGUUACACAGGGGCAGUAAGAACAGCACAUGUCCAUCUAUCAGACUGAAUUGAAUUGAUCUAUAGGGCCAGAGACUUGAGGUACACUGAACAGUCAUCCCUGUGUGCUGUGGCGGCAGUGAAUUAAAAAGAAGUCAAAGAGUGUACCUUCUGAGGCCCUUGUGUUUGGCAUUCCACCUUGAAAUGAUAUUAGAUAACGUCUGUCCGUCUCUGAUUAUGCUCUCUGGUUCCAUCCCUGAGAUGAAGGCGGUGCAGGGUUAAAUCUGUUGUAUGUGGAGAUAUAUUUUCUACUGAAAGAGAUUGUGAUUUCUUUUUUCUAUUUGUAACUAUUGAUACACUAAAGUGACAGAUGUACAUUUAUAAUAGCAGUAGUCAUUUGUCCAUGCUGUAGAUCAGAGUGUGAAGGCUGACCAAGGAAAACAGUGCAGUUUGGAUGUACAGUGUACUGUUGGGACAUACUGUAGAGCCUCCUCCACUACUGCCCUUUCAUGUAUGAUUUAAAAUAUCUCAGUAAACAGAAACAUUUUUUA